AUGGCGCAACAUGAUGAUGCCAAUCCUUACUUGUUGCUUCAAACACUCAAUGAUGACGUUUUCCGAAUUAUUCUUUCCUACUUUACCAUUCAUGAAUUAUGUGAAUUACACAUGACCAGUAAAUCGUUCAUACUGGCAAAUCUAUCUUGCGAGGAUUGUUUCUGGCAACAUCAUUACCGAACAAAAUUACAAAAAUUCAAACAAUGGACCGCACAAAGUCUAUUUGAUCCGGAAACCAAUUCAAAGAUCACUACGUAUCCUGAGCAUAUCUUAAAAUAUGAUCAAAAAACGUCUAACUUUAAAUACAAUUUAAUUGAAAUGAAUCAUGAACUGGAACGAGCGACCGAGGAACAUGUGAGCCAAGUAUUUAAUGAAUUGAAAACAUUUAAACAUUUACACAGCAUUCCAUUCUACACUAAAAAAGAAUUGAAAGAAACAUGUUCAACAAUUUCAAUUGCACAAUAUUUAAAACAAGUUUAUGGUGAUUUACAAUUUAGAGUGAUCGUGAAUGGCAAUCCAGGAGUCGGAAAAACAUGUUUCUUGUUUGCAAAAAGUUAUAAUCUACGACAUUCUGAUAUGGAAUAUAUACCCACUGUGUAUGAAAAUUUUAUUUGGCAAUAUACAAAGGGACAAGACCAGAUUGAUCUUGAUCUUUGGGAUACUGCUGGACAACCUGAUUAUGACAAACUCAGAGUACUCUGUUACCCGAACGCUAGCUUAUUUUGCCUUUGUUUCAGCGUUGAAGACAUUUCCAGCGUUCGAAACUUGUAUCAUAAAUGGAUUCCAGAAAUUCAGACACAUUGUCCCAAUACGCCCAUUCUUUUGAUGGGAUGUAAAACGGAUAUUCGUUCAAAUGUUGAAGUUUGCUCUCGUGUGAGAAUCAAAGAUUUAUGGAGACCAUUAUCGUUUCAGGAUGGAGAAGAAAUUGCAAGAGCAUUGGGUUGUGUAACCUAUGUAGAAACCAGUUAUGUUACAAUGGAAGGCUUCGAUGAUAUUACAGAAAUAUUUGUAAAUGUCUUGUACGUUCAUGCAAAAGCGAAUGAGAAGAAAAAGAAAUUUGGAUGCAAGCAACAAUAG